CCUCCAGCGCCAACGCUGCUCUGCAUUUUACCCAGCUUCUUUUGGCUUUUUCAGUCCAGUUUUGACACUUUGACAGGAAACUUUCCCCCACUCCCCUUUUUUUUUUUUUUUUUUGCUAAGGAACCACCCAUUUCAUCAUUAUAUCCAUUUCUCCCCUGGACGCGUGUUUGGGAUUUGUAUCUGCAAAUGCUGUUUCAAAAAAGAAAAACUGCUAACUGCAUGUCUGAAAUAUCCGAAAAACGUAAUUUUUUUUUGAAUCAUUCCCAUUGAGAAGAGAGCAUCUCUCCGGCUGGCUCUUUUACCGGGAUACGGACGGCCAUGCUUGUAAACUGAGCUCAAGAUAAAAAGGGACGUGGAAGCAUCGCCUGCAUCCUUUCCUUUUGUCUUUGUUGCCUCUCAGCCUCUUUAAUUGUAUAGCUAAGUCUCUGGGAUGUAAGAAGACGCUCAAGCAUUGCGCUUUUGGUUUUUUUUUUCUUCUUUUCAUCCACAAGGAAUUAACUUUUUUUUUUUAUCCCGAGUUGGGGGGAAAAACUAUGGCGAGACUACUGUUGAACAUGCGUCUUGUUUUGGUUUUAUUCGGAUUAUUUUUGCUCCCUUCUCCAUCCGCAAGAGCCGAGCCGGAGCAGCAGGACGAAGAGGAGGAGAGUUCCUGUCAGGGCGCUUUUGACCUGUAUUUUGUGCUUGAUAAGUCUGGCAGUGUGAAGAAUCACUGGGAGGAAAUCUACGACUUUGUGGAGAAUUUAGCUGAGAAAUUCAAAAGUCCCAUGCUAAGGAUGUCCUUCAUAACAUUCUCCUCCAGAGCAUCCACCAUCAUGAAACUGACGGAAAACAGAGUGAACAUCAGAAAAGGGCUGAACGCUCUGAAAAGAGAGAUUCCCGGUGGAGACACAUUCAUGCACCUCGGGUUGCAGAGGGCAAACGAGCAGAUACACCAGGAGAACUUUGGCACGGCCAGUGUGAUUAUUGCGCUGACAGACGGAGAGCUGCAGGAAUAUCAGCUCAUCACUGCGCAGCAAGAGGCAGAAAGAGCCAGGUCUCUUGGAGCUAUUGUGUACUGUGUUGGUGUCAAAGACUUCAAUGAGACACAGCUGGCCACCAUUGCAGACACCAUCGAGCACGUGUUUCCUGUGUUGGGCGGCUUCCACGCCCUCCGGGGAGUCAUUGAUUCGAUCAUCAAAAAAUCCUGCAUUGAGAUUUUGGCAGCGGAGCCCUCCAGUGUGUGUGCAGGAGAGUCUUUCCAAGUGGUGGUGAGAGGAAACGGUUUCCUCCACGCCAGGAACAUCAACCAGGUGCUCUGCAGCUUCAAAAUCAACGACACCAUUACAGUCAAUGAAAAGCCGGCUGGUGUCGAAGACACAUUCCUACUUUGUCCAGCGCCUGUCAUCGAUGAAGUUGGGAAGGUGAUUUAUCUCCAAGUGAGCAUGAAUGACGGCCUGUCGUUCAUCAGCAGCAACGUGCACAUCACCACCACAGAGUGUUUUGAUGGCACCAUUCUUCUGAUCACCCUGCUGGUGUUGUUCCUGCUGCUGGCCAUGCUCUUCAUGUGGUGGUUCUGGCCUCUCUGCUGCACUGUGGUUAUCAAAGAACCACCUCCUCCACCUCCGCCUGAGCCCGAGUCAGAUGACGAAGACGGCCUGCCCAAGAAGAAGUGGCCCACUGUGGAUGCCUCAUAUUACGGAGGAAGAGGAAUCGGAGGGAUCAAGAGGAUGGAGGUGCGUUGGGGAGGGAAGGGCUCGACCGAGGAGGGGGCUAAGCUGGAGAAGCCCAAGAACGCAGUGGUGAAAAUGCCGGAGCAGGAGUACGAGCCCUUCGAGCCCAAACCUAAGAAACCCCACAACAAGAAGGCGCCUCAGAACCGGAAGUGGUACACACCCAUCCGGGGUAAACUGGAUGCUAUCUUGGCUCUGUUUCGCCGCGGGUACGACCAAGUCUCCCUGAUGAGACCCCAGCCCGGGGAUCAUGGUCGAUGCAUCAACUUCACGAGAGUGAAAGAAGAGUCAGCGGCAGCCAAGGCGCCACCUCGCACCCCGAUCCACACCCCCUCGCCCCCGCCCCCAGACUACCAGCCGGAGACCACCUCCCCGUCUCCCACCGCCGCCAGCCCUCCUGCCAGAUCACCCCCGUCAAGCCAGGUACCCCCGGGACCGCCGCCAUCCCGCACCCCCCCGGGGCUUCCCUGUGCACCGCCAUCGCGCCCGCCGCCCAGCCUCCGAGCCUGA